GUUUCGAACGGAAUCUGUGUUUCUUACUAAAACGCCACCGUGUUGCUCGAACGUCUCUAACCUAGAAAAAGUAUUGCAAUUUCUUUACUUGACUUCUUCUCGAAACAGUUUGAGUAGGAUGGCUAAGAGAAUCUCAGCUCAACUCUUUGUAAGCAGGUUAUCAGCUUACACUACAGAUCAAUCUCUGAGGCAAUUGUUUUCUCCGUUUGGUCAAAUCAAAGAAGCUCGGCUUAUUAGAGACCCAGAAACGCAGAGACCAAAAGGGUUCGGCUUUAUCACCUACGAGUCUGAAGAUGAUGCUCGAAAGGCAAUGAAAAGCUUAGAUGGGAAGAUUGUUGAUGGUAGACUAAUAUUUGUUGAAGUUGCCAAAACGCAGAGGAAGUGACAACGGAUAUUAACAGUAAGAAAGCCGAUGAUGACCGCCGGUAAUUUAGGCAUAGAGAGACUCACUGUUCUCAUGUAAACUUGUUUACAAAAUUAAAUCUGAGAUCAUCAUUUCCAUGUUCACUACACUGAACAGAUGCUAUUUGUGAGAUAUGGUUUGUAUUUGUUUGUAGAAGAAUCCUUGAAACAGUUUACGUUCGCUUUUGAGGUGA